GUGUGGGAGGAGAAGUCAAGUAAGAGCCGCGGGGACUCUGACAUGGCUGUACUACUAGGCACAUGUGUUUCCCCUUCUCUCACUUCUACUUACCAACUCCUCUCUCCAUUACUAUCAAGACACAUCACCGGGCUGGUGUGUGUGACAGGACCGGACGAGACGGGACGGGUGUGAUGUAUUGCGAUGCGGCUCCUUCUCAUCCACGGUGUGUUUUUCCUCCAGUGUUUGCGGUUCUCCCAGCAGCAGUUUCCAAGGCUCUGCGCCACAACGGAGGCCCUGCUCUCUAAAGAGUGCUGCCCGGUCUGGGAAGGGGAUGGUUCGGCCUGCGGGGCCAGCUCUGGCAGGGGGUUCUGCCGGGACGUGGAGGUAUCGGAUCUCCCCAACGGGCUGAAUUACCCCUUCUCCGGCUUGGACGACAGAGAGAGGUGGCCUCUGGUAUUUUAUAACCGGACCUGCCAGUGCGCCUCCAACUACAUGGGGUUCAACUGCGGAGAGUGCCAGUUCGGACUGUUUGGGGCUAACUGCGAGGAGACGAGAGAGUCCGUGCGGCGGAACGUGUUUCACCUGUCGGCAGCGGAACGGCGGAAACUCAUCUCUUACCUCAACCUGGCCAAGCACACCGUUAGCCAGGAUUAUGUCAUAGCCACCGGGACCUACCGGGAGAUGAAUAACGGGAGCACACCGCUGUUCUCUGACGUCUCGACCUAUGACGUGUUUGUGUGGAUGCACUACUAUGUCUCCAGGAAUGCUCUUCUCGGUGGACCGGGGAAUGUCUGGACCGAUGUGGACUUCGCCCACUGGGCUCCCGCCUUUCUGCCGUGGCACCGUGUGUACCUGCUGCACUGGGAGCGCGAGAUCCGAAAACUGACCGGGGACUUUGAGUUCUCCAUCCCGUACUGGGACUGGCGAGACGCGCAGGGCUGUGACAUCUGCACCGAAGACCUGAUGGGCGCCCAGAGCCCGCGAGAUCCCAACCUCAUCAGCCCUGCUUCAGUGUUCUCUUCUUGGAGGGUGAUGUGUUCACGGGCGGAAGACUACAGUGUGAGGGGGGUUCUGUGUGACGGUAACGACGAGGGGCCGUUGCUUCGUAACCCUGGCAACCACGACCAUAACUUGGUUGCGCGGUUGCCGACGGCAGCAGAGGUGGAGUUCACGGUCAGUCUCCGUGACUACGACACGGGAGCCAUGGACCGCUCCGCUAACUUCAGCUUCAGAAACACACUAGAAGGUUUUGGGAACCCUCAGACAGGCCUGGGUAACAGUAGGGUGAUGGGGAUGCACGCCUCUCUUCAUAUCUUCAUGAACGGCUCAAUGUCUUCAGUCCAGGGGUCAGCUAACGACCCUAUUUUCCUACUGCACCACGCCUACGUAGACAGUAUCUAUGAGCAGUGGUUGAGGAGACAUGCUCCAGAGCAGACCCACUACCCAGAGUUCAAUGCUCCCAUUGGCCACAAUAGGCAGUACCACAUGGUGCCAUUCAUACCUCUACACAGAAACAUAGAAUACUUUACCUCCAGCAAAGAACUGGGGUACCAAUACUCCUACAUGCUCAACUCAGAUCAGAGGAUAUCGGAGGUUCUCAGUCCUUACCUGGAGCUAAUGAUGGAGGCGUGGCCCUGGUUGCUAGGGGCGUUGGCCCUGGGGGCGCUGGUUACCAUGACUGUGGCUGCAGUAGCUGCUACUAUGACCCGGAUGUGUUGGGAUGCGUGGCCAUGGCAACUCGGGGAAAAGAGUUCAGCGUUCCACCUACCAGAGAGGGAACCUCUCAUCAUCAGCAGUGAUAGUGAUACCCCCAACUACCACACUGUUUAGUCCCAACUACCACACUGUUUAGCCCCAUUUACCCCAACUACCACACUGUUUAGUCCCAACUACCACACUGUUUAGUCCCAACUACCCCACUGUUUAGUCCCAACUACCACACUGUUUAGUCCCAACUACCACACUGUUUAGCCCCAUUUACCCCAACUACCACACUGUUUAGCCCCAUUUACCCCAACUACCACACUGUUUAGCCCCAACUACCACACUGUUUAGCCCAAUGAGCAAUGAGAGUGUGCGACUCUCUUUGUUUUUCUAGCUUCCAGUUUAUUCUCCAUUAGUCAGCACCUCAACACUAAAUAAUGUACUCUGGGGGUGCUCCAGCUCAUACUUUUUAUUGGACUAUGUAAGGAGUUGUGCCAUGAACAUAUUUUAUAGUUAUAUUUUACAGUGCUAUGUCAACUCACACUGCCUUUGACUUUAGUAGGAAUAUAGAGUAAUGAAAUAUUGAAAAAGGAGUAUUGCAUUGGACGGCUCAUAAUGAUGGCUGGAACGGAGCAAAUGGAAUGGCAUCAAACAUUAGGAGACCAUGUGUUUGUAUUUGAUACCAUUCCACCAAUUCCACUCCAGCCAUUACCACAAGCCCAUUCACUCCAAUUAAGGUGCCACCAACCUCCUGUGGUAAACAUAAACAAUAAAAAGGCACCCUUUUACAGUAGAUGUGCUUGAUUUACAUCGGAUUGUGCAUUCUUGGGUCAUUCAGUUGGCUCCAAAGCGGGAUCUCUGUCUACCGGCACACCGCCCGAGCUCAACCAAGCGCACCAAUUGAUUGACAAGCACACGAAUCAGGAGGAGCAUGGGUGCGUCACUUGCAUCACCAGCAACGAGAUGUGUUCUGGCACAUGUGGAAUGUUAGGUUUAGAUUCCUCCCCAGUUAGUCUAAAAAGCGUGUAAGAGUUCAUGGAGUCUCUCUCUCUCAAAAGGUCAUAACUAUGUUAAAUGAUUAUGAUAUUAAUAAAGAAAAAAGGCAAAAACAAUAA